AUGAACGGUCAGUCUACUCUCGACAUACCACACAGACCUACCCUGGCUGACUGUGAGUAUGUUUGCCGGAGACAACAGUUCAUGUUCGGAAAUCGCUAUGGAGAAGACUUGCAGGAAGAGGAAUGCGCCGAAUACUGCAGCGCAGAUUACUGCGGUUCCGACAAAGAAGGUGAAGACGACGUCGACAGCGUUUGCCAAUAUUCCGCUGCUACAAAUUCGGACUGCUAUGGAGAUGGAGAAUUUGAGUGUGGACAAUCUGGUUCACGUCACACAGCUGUUGACGGAUUUCAAACUGAAGGUGGGAUCGCAAUUUCACAUUUCAGUUUGGAUAGUUUUGAUAUCAUUAUGGCACCCGGAACAUUUUUCCACAUUUAUGAACCCGAAGAAAUGGAUGACUACGAAUCUGGCCCGCGACGAGCUACUGGAGGAAUGCAAUAUGGAGGAUACUCCGAUGAGAGACAGAAUCAGGGCCUUGUUGCUCGUGGCUCGCAAAAUUAUGAGCACCUUCUUGGAAGAAUUAUCGAUAGAAUUCGUGAUAUCGAUUUUAGAGGAAAUGAUCGAUACAUCAGCGACGUUAUUGUCCCCCGUGGACCUAACGGAGUUGAUGAAGUUACUGCAGGGUUACAAGAUAUGUUGCGACAGUACCCACCAAAGCUCCCAGUCAUCGUCACAGCCCAUGGCGACCAUGUCCAUUGCGUCCACGUCUGCCGACAGUCAAACUCGGCUUGUCGGUGUGUAUGGUUGCAACGAUGCGUCCUCUAUCGCCAACAUGGACGACGACACGUUUGGGCGAUACGCCUCACGUCGUCGGACUGA